AUGUUGGGUCUUGCUCAGGGAUGCUAUGACAACACAAUUCCAUAUUUGCAACAAAGAGAGCAGUUUGGUUCGAGACUUAUUGAUUUCCAGGGAAUGCAACACCAAAUUGCCCAAAUUGGAACUGAAAUUGAAGCCGCUCGGCUUUUGGUUUACAACGCUGCGCGUCUGAAAGAGAAUGGCAUCAAUUUUGUGAAGGAGGCUGCGAUGGCGAAACUCUAUGCAUCGCAGGUUGCUACAAACACUACAUCGAAAUGUAUUGAAUGGCUCGGAGGUGUUGGAUUCACCAAAGAAUUCCCUGUUGAGAAGUUCUACCGUGACGCCAAAAUUGGAACUAUUUAUGAGGGAACAUCAAAUAUUCAAUUGAACACUAUUGCGAAAUUGAUUGACAAUGAGUACAAGCAGAAGCAAGCUAUUUAA